AUGAAGUGUGCAUUGGUUUUGGUAGCGCUGUGUGUUGCGGUUGCGGUGGCCGUUCCGGUGCCGGACCAGAAAGCCGAAACGCUCAAGUACGACAACAGCAUCAACGGUGUCGACGGGUACAGCUAUCAGUACGAAACGAGCAACGGAAUUUCGGCCCAGGAAGCCGGCGAGCUGAAGACCGUCGGUGAGGCGUCGGCCCUGGCCGUGCGCGGAUCGUUCACCUUUACCGCUGCCGACGGACAGGUGUACACCGUGAACUACAUUGCGGACGAGAACGGAUUCCAGCCGGAAGGAGUGCACAUCCCGAAGGAGUAG